GGGACACGGCGCUCACCCAACUGCGCUGAUCCUUUUUGGAAAUUAAUAUUAAAAAAAAAAAAAGGAGCCGAGAACGCAGAGGGGAAGGUGGGGGCAAGAGGGAAGGCAAGACACUCAGAGAGGGAGACAGAGCCCCACAGUGAGAGGAAGGAAAGAAGGCAACAGUCGCCGGCAGCUGAUGUGAAGACGGGACUCCGCGCGCCCUUUGCCGCCUCUGUCCGGCCUCAUCGAUGUUGUGUCCGCCGCCCGCUCGCCCGGAUCACGAUGAAUGCGCAGCUGACCAUGGAGGCGAUCGGCGAGCUGCACGGGGUGAGCCAUGAGCCGGUGCCCGCUCCUGCCGACCUGCUGGGCGGCAGCCCCCACGCGCGAAGCUCCGUGGCGCACCGCGGCAGCCACCUGCCCCCCGCGCACCCGCGCUCCAUGGGCAUGGCGUCCCUCCUGGACGGCGGCGGCGGCAGUGGCGAUUACCACCACCACCACCGGGCCCCCGAACACAGCCUAGCCGGCCCCCUGCACCCUACGAUGACCAUGGCCUGCGAGACUCCCCCAGGUAUGAGCAUGCCCACAACCUACACCACUUUAACCCCUCUGCAGCCGCUGCCGCCCAUCUCCACCGUGUCGGACAAGUUCCCCCACCAUCACCAUCACCACCAUCACCACCACCACCCGCACCACCACCAGCGCCUGGCGGGCAAUGUGAGCGGUAGCUUCACGCUCAUGCGGGACGAGCGCGGGCUGGCCUCCAUGAAUAACCUCUAUACCCCAUACCACAAGGACGUGGCUGGCAUGGGCCAGAGCCUCUCGCCCCUCUCCGGUUCCGGUCUGGGCGGUAUCCACAACUCCCAGCAAGGGCUCCCCCACUAUGCUCACCCGGGCGCAGCCAUGCCCACUGACAAGAUGCUCACCCCCAACGGCUUCGAAGCCCACCACCCAGCCAUGCUCGGCCGUCACGGGGAGCAGCACCUCACGCCCACUUCGGCCGGCAUGGUACCCAUCAACGGCCUUCCUCCGCACCACCCCCAUGCCCACCUGAACGCCCAGAGCCACGGGCAGCUCCUGGGCACAGCCCGGGAGCCCAACCCUUCCGUGACGGGUACGCAGGUCAGCAAUGGAAGUAAUUCAGGGCAGAUGGAAGAGAUCAAUACCAAAGAGGUGGCGCAGCGUAUCACCACCGAGCUCAAGCGCUACAGCAUCCCACAGGCCAUCUUCGCGCAGAGGGUGCUCUGCCGCUCCCAAGGGACCCUCUCGGACCUGCUGCGCAACCCCAAACCUUGGAGCAAACUCAAGUCCGGCCGGGAGACCUUCCGGAGAAUGUGGAAGUGGCUGCAGGAGCCGGAAUUCCAGCGCAUGUCUGCGCUCCGCUUAGCAGCGUGCAAAAGGAAAGAGCAAGAACACGGGAAGGAUAGAGGCAACACACCCAAAAAGCCCAGAUUGGUCUUCACAGAUGUCCAGCGUCGAACUCUACAUGCAAUAUUCAAGGAAAAUAAGCGUCCAUCCAAAGAAUUGCAAAUCACCAUUUCCCAGCAGCUGGGGCUGGAGCUGAGCACCGUCAGCAACUUCUUCAUGAAUGCGAGGAGGAGGAGCCUGGACAAGUGGCAGGACGAGGGCAGCUCCAACUCUGGCAACUCAUCCUCUUCAUCAAGCACUUGUACCAAAGCAUGAAGGAAUAACCACGAACUAAAACCUCGGUGGAAAAGCUUUAAAGAAAAAAAAUUUUUAAAAGACCAGGACCUCAAGAUAGCAGGUUUAUACUUAGAAAUAUUUGAAGAAGAAAAAAAUUGUUAUUUAUAGUCCAAAGAAACCAAAGACUUAGCUCACCUGCAUUCUAACUUUGUUCAGAGACACACACUUCAGCGGGGCAACGACUUGGCAAGAAUUAUGAGCAGGAAAACACCACUGGAUCUUACACCUUCAGUCCAUGGUCAUUCUCACUGUGCUUGGCUGUUCUGUGGUUUGGAGCAUAGUGGUAUUGAGCCAUCAAGUGGACAUCUUUCAAGAUCAGACUUUCUCAUCUGUUCCACCAUGCCACAAAGGUGUCUGGUGUCUCAGUACUGUGUGUAUGGGUGCGUGCAUGUGCCCACAUACACACCACCAGUGGUUAGGGACUUAGGCAGGGCUGGUCUUUAGGAAGGGUUGUACUGUAGGAGUGCAACCAGCAGUGUGGGGUUGUCUGAGUUCAUUGGGUUCAGAGUGUGAUUUUGCUCAUCUAGCCUAUUGUUUGAACCUGCCAGGCCCGCAACCUAAACGCAGAUUCAAACCCAGCAAAGAAAAUUUGAAUGACACCUAAACUAGUGCAUUCUCUUUGUUUGUUAAGGAAUGUUCAAAUGUUUUUUAAGAAAUGAAACAAGAGUCCAUCCAUUAAAAAAAAAAUCACCUAGGUACCAAAGAACACACUGAAUAUUAAAGUGCAGGUAUUUUAUUGCAAUGAUUUUAAUAACCAAAGCUAUUUUUACACAAGAUACUAUGUAAAGUUAUACGUAUGAACUGAUCUAGCUGUAAUACACAUGCCACAUAGAAUCAUGACUAUUAUUUAUGACUCUUGAAGCAUUUGAAAUACUCGUUUUCAGAACUGGCAAGAAAGAAUGUAGCUUCAGGGAAGCAAUUAAUACCAUAACAGAGAGGGCGAUGCAGCAUACAUGUACACCCAGAUGGCACACUCCCUUUCGGGAUCCAUAAGCAUCACUUCAGUAGACAUAUAACAUGAUUCCAGAAUCUGUUUAUAGCUGAGAAAACCUGGGGGUUCCUCCAAAGUAGGAUCCCAUUUGUAAACUGGAGAACAAAAUUUCACACAGUAGGUAACUGAAUUAGAAAAUUUGUUCAAAGUAAUGCUUUUUUAAUAAAAAGAUCAUGAAAUAAAGGACUCCCUACUUAGAUAUUAAUUUAACAAAUCUGUGUGCAGAACAACAUGCAGAACAUUAGUGAGAUUAUUAUUAAAAUGAACUAUCCAAUAUCUGUAAUCAUUCUAAAAAUAUAAUCAAACCAUUUUUAUUGCUAAUCCCAGACAUUUUAUAAAGACUUGGGCAUCCAUAAAAAAAAGCAGGUAUAACCAAGAAAUGGUGGAACGUAGACAAAGCCAGAGUCCCAGUGGGAGACAAGACUUUGGGUUCCAGAGGUCUUGGGCUGUUUAUCUGAUUAAGCAUAGCCUCCAAAGCAUACUACAUUCUCUCUUGCUACUACAUUAAGCUGGAAAUUUUAUAACAUAGAUUCUACUUUCUAACAGGGACAGAUAAAAACUAGACCUCAACCUCCAAAUAUAAAAAUUUAAAUUUCUAUUUUCCCAAAUUACCUAACCAGGGCCAUAGAAAUCAAAGCAAGAAAGAAAACAAAAGAAAAACUACCAAAAGAUAAUGCCAUGGUACUAGUAGUACCUGAAUGAAUCGCUUGAUUUUCACCCCAAAUUCUAUCUGAAUUCCAUUGAAUUGUCACUUAUACAAGUGGAAGUCUUUUGUACUAUUAGGUAAAAAACUGGGUAUUCUUGGUUAGUUAGCAUAUCUAACUAGAAAUAUAAAAUUAAAUAUUAUCUCAACAAUAAGGUGUUUACUGAAAUUCAUUAAAAUGCUAAAGAAAAAAGAUGAAACCAUUUUGAAAUAAAAUCUAACUCCUUAGGUUCAAAUCCCAGCACCUUGUCGAGGUCUAGAAGAGGCAGGCGCCUGGAGAGAUGAGGCAAAACCAAUGAGCCACCUGUGUGUCUGCUACAGCAUGAGGAAAGGAAAUCAACACAUACUUCCCCUUUAAUGAAAUAGCGCAUUUGCCUUGACACAUUCUAUUUUCUUUAUCUUGCCCUAAAUUCCAGCUUAAAAUUUUCCCUUCUAAAUAUGGCACAAUUACAAUUGAGGUAUUAAAAGAGACAAUUUAAAAGGUCACCCUCCAGAUUUGCUGAAAAUUUAAUCUUGUUAAUAACAUAAACUGAAAGGAAAAAACUGAUUUACUUUUUUUCUCUCUCCAGGAAUAGAGGGGCCAGGAGUAGAGCUAUAUAAUAUAUUUCUACUUAGGAGGGAGGAAAGCCUUAUUUAUUUAAAACAUGAGAAUUUUAAAUGCAGGGAAAUUCAAGCUGUGUCUACACCUAAUCUUACCAAAUUCAAUACCCCAGGAAAAACAAAAGUUGAAUUCAGACAACCAUGGUUUUUUCUUUGCUUUGUUUGUACACAUAACCCUCUCAAAUUAAUGUGAUUGCAUUUUAAAUUUUCAACCAGUUACUUUGGUACUAUGUAGACACAGUCUCAAAGAAUAUCAUUACAUUUUAAAUAUUCUCACCAUAAUAGUUUUUUGAAAAAUAACCAGUGAUUCUAUUUGCUAACACCAAAGAUAAUUUUCAUACCAGCAUUGAAUGUGCACCCAUUAUGCAAUUUCAGGGCCAAGAGAUAUAUUUUCUCAUAAACAGAUGCACAAAUCCGAGCCUGAAAAGCAAUUUUUUUACUUGACUAUUUAAGCAUCCUCACAACCACUGCUUCUUAGAAAUCAUAAUGGACAAACUCAGCUUCUCACAAGCAAUACACUUAUUCCAUCACAUAUGACUGAUUCUGUUUUGCUUCUGACUUGUCACCUAGAAAAUGCUUCCAUUCCUGCUUCACAUCGCAUUGAUUUAUGGCUCAGGUUCUAAACUCUCCACAACCAAGCAGAUCACACGCCAUUUAUUCAACCAUCAUUUCUCAGUCCUUGAACAGAAUUCACCUAAAAAGACAUCUCAUUCUUCUAUUUGUAUGUUUGUUUAUUCCAAAACUGCACUUCAAAUAAUACAUUUUGGGUUUUGUUUUGUUGGGGUUUUUUUAGAAUGGAAGUUAGACUGUUUGGAGCCAUAGGUCAUUUAUGUCCUCUCACAAGUAGAAGCUUCCCUGAAAGGGAGCCAAGAGAAAGAGUAGGAAGUCUGGACACCCCCAAAACUCAGUAAAUGUUCAAGUAAAACAAUGCUGAAAAUCAGGAGCUGAGUGUUCCAGUCCUGGAUGUAGUGGGAAUAGACCCCAAAACCAAAGAAAAUGUGUGGGGAAAUUCAGAAGUUCUAACUGAACAUGUCACUCACUCUCCCCCCUGCCCCCAAAAAGCAUAAUUAAUUUUCCAGGAAAAAAAGUAAAAGCACUAUGCUACAUUUGGACUCAUGCCCGUCCCAUUGCUACCCCAGGUGAAUGACCCAUCUUUGCAGAUUAAAUGCAAACUUUGCUAUACCAAAGAGUCCUAGGACAUUUUCUCAUGAGCUAUAAAGGCAUUUUCCCUAAAAAAGGUUCUCCCUUCUUUGUACAUAAAGCAUGAAAACUAUGCAUUUAGCAAACAAAGAGAAAGCACUUCUCCCUUUCCGAUCUAGUUGUUUAGGGUGCAUUCAAAUACCAGAGGCCAUUUUGAGAUGCUGUUGGCCUUCUGGAUUUUUCUUGUGGUGUGGUUAGCUUUACAGUGCAUUUGGUAACUAUUUCCUAAAUAAGAAGGACAAAGAAGCAGAAGGUAAGAAAUAGCUACUUCCACGUGUAAAAAAAAAAGUGUAAAGAUCUACUAUUUAUAGUGUGAACCAAAGACGCUACCUCACUCGAUUUCCAUUGGUGAUUUUAAUCACAUUGAUAUGAUACCAAAGAAUACCAAAGAUAUUUUCAUGCACGGCCUCCGUCUGCAGAGGGAACUCCGCCCCGGUCCCUUCUCCCACCUCCUUGCCCCUCCUCACUCUUCACUCAGUGUGUAAACUUGUCUUCAUUCUUAAUAAUAAUGAUACGACAACAACAACAACAUUAGGAAAUACUACUCUUACUACUGCUAGUUCUACUUGUAAAUCUCUAGGCAAACAUGUUGCAAACUUUGUAAACUCCUAGGACGAGUGCCUUGCUUGAACCAAAGUGUUAAACCGCUGUUGACCUCUCUCACCUUAUACUCUUUGAAUACCUCAGCCUCUUAGAAAGGCCACUAAUGAAAAAAAAAAAGAAGGAAUAAUUAUUCACCGUGGUGCUUUUUCCGUGCAACCAUGCAAUGAAACUUUCUUUGAUACCAAAGGAUGACUUUUUUCCCCCAAUUUCUUGCUGAUAAACCAAAGCUCCUCCUCCUAGUUCCCCUCUGAGGUCCCCCACUUCACGGAGUCCCUUCCCCAGGCAGGCCGUGCACCACUUUUACCAAUUCCUCCAAAUACCUCAUAGUGAUGACGUUUUAGGGUUAUGUUGUAUAGAGAGUUUAUGUGAUGAGGCAGAACUUACUAGUUUGAUAAUUGUUAAGGUUACUUUUAAAAGAAACUUUAUAAUUCUUAUUUAUUUUGUAGCUUGUACGUUUGGGAUGUCCGCUCCCUCCCCGCUUCGGUUUGGGGUUUAUUUUCUUGGCAGAACUGCUCUGUUGCUCAAGGAAGACUUAAUUUCUGGAAACGUUCCCCACGUGGGUUAAGGGUUGUGUAAAAAUGCAAGAAUGGAAUAAGAAAUGCUUUUCACUUUGAUGGUUACUUAUGAAGUUUUUGUGUUUCGUAGUAAAUUUGUUUCCACAGGGUAAAAAAAAAAGUAUAUAUAUAUAUAUAUAUAAUCUCUUUUUUGUGAAACUGGUUCCUAUUUUCUCUAUAAUGUGCUGUGAUUUUUUAAUUUAAUUACAUUUUAUAUGAGCUUAUUUAAUCACUGCUUUAAUUUAUGACUGUGUAGUUUUUAAAAUGUAUAUAGUAGAAUCCAAAUGGCCAAAGCUUUAUGUUACACAAUCUUUUUGUUCUUGACGCUAAGAUAAGCUGAAGGCAAGAGCUUCUCUUAACUGCAGGGUGUAUCUUUAGCUUUUUCUUAGCGGGCACUUCCACACGUGUUGUGAACACUGCCAGUCCCCCCUCAGAAACCUGUACAUGCCAAAGUGAGUGUUCGAAGGUAGUCCUUUUUGUCACUUAGAAAGAAGAAAGGCAUUAUUCGUGUUCUUCCUUUAACUUAUUAAUUUUUUUAAAGAAAAGAUUACUUUGCAGGUUAGACCUGAAAUUCCAAAGAAUUUAAGACUAGUUUAAUGUUCCAAAGCACCGGCAUCUGUGAGAUACUUUGCUACUUUUUUUUUUAAGCCAUUCGCACGGGUAUGAGAAGUAAAGAGUGUAAAAACUCAAAAAGACAAGCUAACUUGAAUUUGGAAAUCCUGUUAAGUUUCACCAAGUUUCUGAAUUUCUUCAAGGCAGGGGGCAGGUCCUGAGGACACAGUUCCUUCAGCAGAGCCCAGAGGAAUAUAGAAUGGCUUCAUGCCCUUACAGAGGAAGUCGAGGCUGAGGGGCAGCUGACCUGGCCCCUGCCCCACGGGCUAACCCAUGGAAAACGCAAAACAUGAUUGCUCAGCCCCAGUGAUCAGUCAGGUUUAAGGACAACGUUUCACAGUGACAUGUUCCACCCCCACGUCUGUUUCUUGGAAUCUGCUGCUCACAAUUCCCACCCCCACCUCAUACGCCUGCCCAUCAAAACUGAAAGAAUUCUCCUCAAAUGUCAGAGUCCCCUGGUGAAUGUAUCCCAGGCCUAUUUGAGUUUGUCUCUUCUCACACAUCUUACUACUAGUUUUCUUUCCACGCAGCACAGGCGGUCCCUGCCUCAGGCCCCCUUUGCCAUCGCGGCUGUUCAGGUACUGGGCCCCACUUUACUGUAGAUCUGCACACAGAAUCCUCUGCCGAUUCGUGGCACCCUCAGAAGACCCCGUGCCCACUAUUUUGUUUUAUUUUGCUGAAAUAAGUUGCUUCAACUACAUGGCAUAAAUCCAUAAAUGUAAAUACUUUUCCUCUCAAUACAAAAAAUUUAUAUGAUUUUCUUUGGCAGGGGUGUUUGGGGUGGGGAAGGAAAGGGAGGGCUUAGACUUUGGAUCAAAGGUUACGUUUUCUUAGAAGCAUUUUUAUACUCAUUUUGUGUUUUAGUCAGGCAAUAAAUCUGCUCUGAGUUGCUGGAUCAUUCUGUGCUCUGUCGGUAAGCAUGGACGGAUUUGUUUUUAAUUCGAACGCCGUGCGGUGAGUUACAGAAAGCCCAGGAGAAUGGUGGAGGGAGAAGACUAACCGUCAGCGGGGAACCGCUGAACCGAGUGGUAUUCAUGAGGUCGCAGUUCCUGUUUCUAUGUUAGUCUGGAUUUUUCAUGGUAUGUUCUGCAUUUAUUGCAUAAUCUUUAUGGGCUCAUUUUAGAUAUGCCGUCUGAACCAAGUGACAAGUAUUUUUUAACAAAAUAAACUUUAAAACAUUGUCUUCCACUUGCUUCGGUAGUCGUCUUCAUACUCCCUGUGUUUCUUGUCCCUUCUGAAGUCAGCCCACCUGUCUCUCACUUAGACUGUCCCUUCUUUGCUGUUGUUUGAGUGUGACACAGUUUCCCUGUUCAAGUUAGCUUGAUGGUUUAUUGUGUAAGGAGGGUGCCUAAGACAAUCAUCAGGUAAAAAUAAAUAAAAAUAAAAUGAAAAAAAAAAGAUCAGUAGAGUAGAAAAUCUUCCAAGAGCAGAGGGAGUUCUUCCUUAGCAAUAGGGGGAAAAAAGAAAAGGUAAAUACAUAAUAAAAUAAUGAAUUAAUUUAAAACCUAACCAUGAGGGGCUUAGAAGAUUUUUGAUAAAAGAAAAAUGUUGCUGUCAUUUCCUUUGUCAAUUAGAAAGCAGUGGUAGCUUCUACGUUGCAUCUACAUUUCAGACAAAAUGAUUAUUGUACCCAGUUAUGGUGGUUUGCUAAUAUUUUGUCUCUCUCUCUUUCUCUGUCCAAUGCUUCUUCUGUAUUUUUGUGUGUAGCAACAAAAAGUGUAAUGCAUUAGGCAUUAUUCUGGUUUGUUUAUGAGUAUUUCCUGUACUGCAUUAAGGUUUCUUUCUCUUUUUUUUAAGCUUCGCUACUGUUCUCACUUUAUGCCGUGCAAUAUCAUCUGCUGUGUUUGCUAAGCAAAAAAGAAAAAAAGAAAAAAAAGCAAGUGAUGAUGCCAUCAUGCUUUUCAGUGUUAAAAUGUUUCAGCAUUUAUGUAGUCACCAAAAUGUAGUAAAUAAAAUGUUGGAUUUUCCAGCACUUUAAAUUUA